CCGCCGCCCGCCGCGGCCCGCGCCGGCCGAGCCGCUCCCGCUGGGCGCCCCGACGGGGUCCGGCCGGGGGCGGGGGCCGCGGCCGCCGAGGAUGGGGAAAUCCAACAGCAAGUUGAAGCCCGAAGUUGUGGAGGAGCUGACCAGGAAGACCUACUUUACCGAGAAGGAAGUUCAGCAGUGGUACAAAGGCUUCAUCAAGGACUGCCCCAGCGGGCAGCUGGAUGCUGCAGGCUUCCAGAAAAUCUAUAAGCAGUUCUUCCCAUUUGGAGAUCCUACCAAGUUCGCUACGUUUGUUUUCAACGUCUUUGACGAAAACAAGGACGGGCGGAUCGAGUUCUCUGAGUUCAUCCAGGCGCUGUCGGUGACCUCAAGGGGAACCCUGGAUGAGAAGCUUCGGUGGGCCUUCAAGCUCUACGAUCUGGAUAACGACGGCUACAUCACCAGGAACGAGAUGCUGGACAUUGUGGACGCCAUUUACCAGAUGGUGGGGAACACCGUGGAGCUCCCUGAGGAGGAAAACACCCCGGAGAAGAGGGUGGACCGCAUCUUCGCCAUGAUGGACAAGAACGCCGACGGGAAGCUGACCCUGCAGGAGUUCCAGGAAGGAUCGAAGGCAGACCCCUCCAUUGUGCAGGCGCUGUCCCUCUAUGACGGGCUGGUAUAGUCCAGGGCCCAGAGCCGGGAUGCCUGGGAACCACUCACCUCCUCCCGUGCCAUGAGGCCACCUCCGCCCCAACACCACCCUCCUGUGUCCACCCAGCCUUUCUCCGCAUCCAUACCCAGCCGGGCUGCCCUGGAACCACGAGGCCCGGCUCUCCUCCCCCCAGCCCUGCACCCACGACCGCGUGAAGCCACCGGCUCCAAUUGCCAACCACCUCUGCUUGUCCAGAAACCAACACAAAAUGGAAAAGGCUCUAGCCCUCUGCAAAACCGAGGACUCAGCUGCUUCGCAGGCAGCCUCUGGGUCCCUCCCGCUCUCCUGCGCGUGUGCUUUUGUUUUUUUAUUUCAAACAAACAUUGAAAAAGAAAAAAACAAAACAAAACUGCCUUCUGUCCUAGAAGGUACAGACUGACAGAUGGGGAGAAAGCUACCGUUGACCUCAGAGAACACUGCCUCCCGCCUCGGCCGUCCUUCGGCAGCCGGAGAGGCCACGGAAGUCACGGCCUCGGCCACGGUGCGCUCGGGGUGUCAGGGGGGCCCACCUGAUUAACCUUAUUUGUCGUCCCUUCCUCGAGCAGCGAAACCACCUGCGUGGCUAGGAUGAUUCAUGAUGAUGAUGAUGAUGAUUUUUUUGUGAUCACAGUAUUGUGCUUUUUGUGGGGAAAGUGAGUUUUUUUUAUACAUAUAUAAUUGAUAUCUUUUAUUUAUUGGUUGUUAACUGUUGCUGCUGCCUCGUGUGUCCAAAGCUCCCAGGGAUGCGGGGCCUACCGUUUACAUGUGCACGCCCUCGCCCACCUGCCCACCUGCGCUUGGGAGGAUGGUGGCCUGCAGCGGCCAAGAAGCCAAAAAACUUUCUCUCUCUCUCUCUCUCUUUUUCUUUUUCCAGAUACUGUGCUCGAUGUUUGGAGAGGGGGAAGAGUGGGUUUCUUAAAUGGCUAAUGCACUGUUUUCCCCCCACCCCCAGCCCAAAUGCCUCCUCUUGAACCCCUUUUCUCUGCUUCCUGUCCACACCCCCCAUCCUGUGUCUUCCUCUGGGUCCACAGCAUCUUUUCUGAGGACAAACAGGGGAUAUCUUUUGGUUUCUCAACUCUUGCUUUGGUGUUUGCAGCAGCAUGGAGCCUGGGAGCCAACAAGGGGGGACUGGGUACAUUAGGAAAGGGGAGGAGGGCCCUCUUUGCAAGCAGGUGAGCAGAGGAAGGGCUCCUUCUCCCUCCGUGGUGGAUUUUGAAAACUGUCGCUCAGUUCUCUCCCGCUUGCUUUUCUGCCUGCCGGUCUGCCUUGUCCAGUAGACCACAGAGCAUCCUCCUUCCCUUCCCUCUCUCAGCUCAGAUGCUGGGAGGGCGGGCGGGAGGGAAGGGGCACAGGCAAUCCCAUUCGGUACUGGCUGCUCCUAGAGGCUAUGGCCCACAUGCGCUCCUAGGAAGCUUCUGACCCCACCUGCCACCGAGACAGGCUGGCCCUGGAACUGCCACCAGGAAAGUCAGAUGACCUUGGACCAGAGGCCAGGAACCUGCAGCUGGCUCUGCUCUGUGAUUGUGGGCAGGCCCCAGGCCUCUCUGGGCCCCAGCUAUCCCAGCUGCAGAACCAGGAAGCUUGGGCUUCUUGAACCGGAAGGUCCGCUUCCAUGCUGACACUGUACAAUCAUAAGGCUGGGUCUUUUACAGUUUAUGAUUCUGCGGUCUGUGGCUAAGUUUGCCAGACCCCAACAGACACGAGAUCUGUUUGAGUCACUAUUUUGUCUCUUGGCACAAGUCUUUGGGGACAUGGCAGCUGCUGGUUGUGUUGUGUGGGGUCAGAUGACCUACCUGGUUCUCUCUGCAGUUCUUCCUGGUCCCUCCUGGACUCUUGAACUGUCUUUUUGGCCCAGAACUAGUCCUCAUGGAAGGAAGGCUUCUGGUAUGGGAGGCAGCCUCCCAGACUACCUAGGGCCCGGCCUGACUCUAGAAUUCCUGCUUCUCUGCAAAGUCAGCAGCCUGU